GGGAUAUUGAAACAAUCUUCACAUCCUCUCUCUUUAAUCUUUCUGUAUUUCUUCCGAUCAGCAGCUAUAGCCGUUUAUGUAUUGUGUGGUUUCUUUACUGAUAAUUACGUCCUGAGCAUCGUCGUGGUGGUCGUUUUACUCUCGUUGGAUUUCUGGAACACGAGGAAUGUUGCCGGAAGGACUUUGGUUGGUUUGAGAUAUUGGAAUGAAGUGGAUGAAGAGGGGGAGAGUUCUUGGGUUUUUGAAAGUCGGGAUCCAUCGAGACCUGCAAAUCCUAUCGAUGCCAAGAUGUUUUGGAUAGCUCUCUACGCUUAUCCUCUCGGUUGGCUGGUUUUAUUCGUCGUAUCUCUCUUCGACUUUAGUCUUUCAUUCAUCCCCAUCGUCCUCCUCGCUCUAGUCUUCAACCUGUCCAAUCUCGUCGGUUUCAUAUAUGCCGACCGGGAUGCUCAAAAACGCUGGGCGUCCAAUAUGGCCUCUAGCAAUUUGAUGAAUUUCAGUCUUGGUGGACUAGGUGGUCAGAUGAUGGGUAGGGUAGUGACGACUGGACUUGGUCGUUUGUUAGGAUAG